AUGAUGGCGAAACGUAAGACCUCUGAAAGCAAAACGAUAAAUAAUACAAGCCACAAAAAACUGAAACAUAAUCAACCUCAGCUUUUGACAGAAUCAAUCUUCGCGGACAAUACAAACUCAGAGAGCGAAGCAGAAAGCAACAACGAGUUAAAUGAGCCAAAACUAAAAAUCAACAAAGAAUUUGCUAGGAAAUUCGAACAUAACAAAAAAAGAGAAGAAUUGCAAAAAUUGGAAGAUAAAUAUAACAAUCCAGAAAAGGGCAGUGACAGAAUCUAUGGUGAUAAAUACGACGAAGAUUCAGAGUCCUCGAAUUCUGAAGAAGAAGACGAUGCAGGACUACUGGCCACAGAAACUUUAGACGCUGAAAUCUCUGCAACUCUUAAUGCCAUCCGAUCUAAAGAUCCUCAUGUCUACGACGAAAACUUUACCUUUUUUACUCCAAUAGCUGAUGAGAAUGAUUCUAAAUUAGAAGUUGAUGUGGCUGAAAAGCAUAGGCCAAUGUACCUUCGAGAUUAUCAUCGAGAAAAUUUACUCAACAGGCUAGACAGUGGGGAAAAGAGAGAAAAUGAGAGUGAAUCUAACCUAAAUACAUUUGCACAAGAGCAAACUGCACUUCAAACAUCUCUAAUUAAGCAGAUACAUGAAGCUGCUGAAGACGAAUCCGAGGCAGACGAGAAUGGAGGCUUUCUAAUCCCAGAAGUGCAUGAUAAAAAAUUACUGUCUACUAAAGUCUGCAAGGUCCCUCAGUCCAAUAUAGACAUCGAUGUCAACACCGCCCACAAAGAUCCUGAGAAAUUUUUAUCAAAUUUUAUGGCAGCACGUGCAUGGGUGCCGACCGAUAAAUCUCGUUUUCAGCCACUUGAGUCCGAUAAUGAAUCCGAGGAUGACCGUGCUGAAAGGUUUGAAGCCGCUUAUAACUUAAGAUUUGAAGAUCCUACUGGUAGUAAUGAGAUUUUAAAAACCUAUGCAAGAGAUGUUGUGGCAGCAAAAUCUGUCCGAAGAGACAAUGUCAAUAGCCGUAAAAAGCAAAGAACAGUUCGACGUGAUAGGAAAGAGGAAGAGAUGCAAAAACAAAAAGAGGAAAUAAUGCAACUUAAACGCUUAAAAAUCGAAGAAAUGGAAAAUAGGCUCAAAAUGAUUAAGCAAGCUGCUGGAAUACGCGGUCAGAGUUUAAAUCAGGAAAGUCUUUUUAAAUUUUUGGAGGAAGGCUGGGAUGACGAAAGAUGGAAGGACGAGAUGACAAAGUAUUUUGGAGAGGAAUAUUAUGCUGAUAAGGAUCAAGUUUCUGAUGACGCGAUGGAAUCAGAAGCCAAAAGUGAGCGUCAAAAGUUGAAGAAGCCAGAGUGGGAUGAUGAAAUUGACAUUAAUGAUAUCCUUCCCGGAUUCGAAGAAACAGUUCAAACUUCUCACAUAGACUCCCAUUCUGAGAGUGACGCUGACGACCAAAAUGUAGCCACCAGCCUAAAGAUUCGUAAGAUUCAACAACUGGAAAAGCAUGCCAAAAAGAAAUCGGCUCGUAUUGAGCGAAUGAAAAUAGAAGACCUUGUCGAUAGUCAGUUGGACGUUAACUUAAUGACUAGCUCAAAACAAAGGAAUCAGUUUCGCUACCGUGAAACUUCCCCCGUCUCUUUUGGCUUGACUGCGCUAGAUAUCCUAAUGGCGCCAGAGAAGUCACUAAAUCAAUUUGCUGGAAUUAAGAAGAUGGCAACUUUUAGGGAUGUUGAGAAGAAACGAAAAGAUAAGAAACAUCUAGGGAAAAAAUCGCGUCUAAGACAGUGGCGAAAAGAGACAUUUGGGAAUGAAGAAGGUCCAGCAAUGCCAACUAAUGCUAAUAAUACAAAUGUGAUUGUUCCAGCUAAUAAUGAAAGUAAUAUUUUACUGGGAGGGCGGAAGAAAAAACGGUCGAGAAAAGCUAAGGUUAAAGCGACAAUAUAA